AUGUUGGAACUUAACUAUAGAAAACAUUCUAUUGAGGAAUUUGUUAGAUCGGAGCUUAAUUAUAGUUAAAUUAUUAUUGAGGCAACAUAUAAGGGACAUAUUAUUAAGGAGCUUACAUCAUUGGGAAAAUUUAGGAUGCAUACUAUUAAGCUUAUCCAUAAAUAAGUUACUAUUAAAGAAGAGUUUUUUCAUAGAGAAUUUAAUAUGUAAAUUGCUAAUGGGAAAUUUCAGAAUGAAUAUGUUAGCUAAAUGGUAUAGACAUAAAGCUAUUCUAAACAAGAUUAUGUUGACUAGGUAUUCUAUCAUAGGAGAAAACAAAAGAUCCAAUAUCAUUAUGUGAAAUUUAAGGUUCUAUUUGAUUCUCAUUUUGAUACUCAUUUUGAGGCUUAAUUUGAGGCUUAAUUUUAAUUUGAGGCUCAUUUUAAAUCGCAUUAUCAUUCUAAGGUAUGGAAUUAUUUUAAGAAACUUAUUACUCUUAUUCUUGUUCUUUUCUCUGUUUCUUAACAGGUUUUUCAUUUAGAUUUUUCUUUUCAGGAACCUAAUUCUUUCUUUUUCUAUUUAAUUUCUUAGUCUUUUUCUAUUUUUUGUUGCUCAAGUCGUCAAUAGAAUUUUCAACUUCAGGUUCAUAAUCUACUUUAAAAUUUUCAUCUUAUAUUUAUUAAUAGUCCCUAUAUAAUAAUUUAUUAAUAAAUGCCAGUCCUUAUUAAUUAAAGAUUUUUUAUUCUUCUUAAAUCUACUAAUCUAAACCUUAAAUCUAUUAAUCUAAAUUUUAAAUUGUUUUUUAUUUUUAUUCGUAAACCUAAUACAUCUGUUUUUUUUUUAUUUAGGAUGCCUUUAAAAUUUCUUUGUAUUUAUCUUAAAUUUUUGUUUCUUUUCUGA